AUGACACCUAAUGAAGCCAAAGGCAAAGUGAUUGAGGCUGAGUUGAAUCAUAACCAAGUCGAAGCUGAUAAAAUCGAUAAUGAGCUCGAGUUUGGCACUAAUGUCCUAUAUCGACAAAAGAAGAAAACGUCUGAUAAAAAAGCUGCUAGGUGGAGUAAAGCUGUCUAUUCGAUUGUAGGUAUGGAUGGCUACCGCGUCCAAAUUAAAUCUAAGAAUGGACAUACGCUUUACAAGGCUCUAAAUGAUCUCAAAACGGUUCAAUCGGAGACUACUAACGCAACAAUCAAUCGAGGCGACAUCCAUGAAGCAGAGAAGAUCGUAGCCCACAAAAAAAUGCGAAAUGGAAGACCUGCCGUGGGCGGUCCGGGUGGGGUAAAGCCCGCACUAAAGUAUAGAUACUUGGUUCAGUGGGUUGGUAAUGAGCCUGAUUCCUGGGAGCUACAAGAUAAUCUCAGAUUAGUUAACAAGAGUAGGAGAUCGACUCUUGAAAAGGAGUACUGGAAUGCACAAAAAAAUGAGUCAUAA